CGGUCCCCCCCGGUCAGUCUCCGUGGUGUUUGCUCCUGCUGUGUCAUUCUGUCCUUCCCCCCCCUUCCCUUGGUCAUCCCAUCCCUCUUCUCUCGGUGGCAGGGUUACAGUACCAGUGUCCUGCUGCCGGCGUGCCCUUCUCUGAGCUUUCUGCCCGACUGUGGGGUUUUUUUCCCUCCACUCAGCUCUUCUCUUUCCUCCGGUACUGCACCAAGCAUGGAGAACAACCAGUCUCCCACCUCGCCCGGGCAGGACAUCCAGGGGCAGAGUGGGGACAAUCCUGUCCCCAGCUCGCAGCCCACAACUCCAGCCCCCGUGGAGCAGCCAAGCCCCCAACCCGAAGCAGCCGUGUGUGACAUCUCCGAGGAGCUGAGCAGGCAGCUGGAGGACAUUAUUAAAACCUACGGGUCUGCAGCCAGCCUGAUGGAGAAGGAAAGUGCUGCUACAGGAACCGACAGGGCGGAGAAGGGAGAGUCGGGCAGCGUGGAGGAUGCGGAGUAUGAAGAUCCAACUGAGGAGGGUGAGAAAGAGAAGCUGGCAUCUGGGGAUGCUUCCAGAGCAAAGGAGCCCGGCGGCAGCAAGGAGCAAAAGCUGGAGAAGAAGCUCCUGAAGGGACUAGGGAAGGAAGCCACCCUACUGGUGCAAAGCUUGAACAAGCUGAAUACUCCAGAGGAGAAGAUGGACCUGUUAUUUAAGAAGUAUGCUGAACUGCACGAAGAACAUCGUGCCGAGCAGAAAAAGCUCAAGUACCUGCAGAAGAGGCAGGCCCAGAUCACCAAGGAGAAGGACCAGCUGCAGAGCGAGCACAGCCGAGCCAUCCUUGCCCGCAGCAAGCUCGAGAGCCUCUGCCGGGAGCUCCAGAGGCACAACAAGAACCUCAAGGAGGAAACAAUUCAGCGGGCACGGGAGGAAGAGGAGAAGAGGAAAGAAAUAGCUAAUCAUUUCCAGGGCACGCUGAGUGAAAUCCAGGCUCAGAUCGAGCAGCAAGGAGAGAGGAACAUGAAGCUCUGCCAGGAGAACACGGAGCUGGCGGAGAAGCUCCAGAGCAUCAUCGACCAGUACGAGCUGCGGGAAGAGCACCUUGAUAAAAUAUUUAAGCACAGAGAACUUCAGCAGAAGCUGGUGGACGCCAAGUUGGAGCAGUCGCAGGAAAUGAUGAAGGAAGCCGAGGAGCGACACCAGAAAGAAAAGGAAUACCUCCUGAACCAAGCUGCAGAAUGGAAGCUCCAGGCCAAAAUGUUGAAGGAGCAAGAGACUGUCCUGCAGGCACAGAUCACGCUCUACUCCGAAAGGUUUGAAGAAUUUCAGAAAACACUGACCAAAAGCAAUGAAGUGUUUGCCACAUUCAAACAGGAGAUGGAGAAAAUGACAAAGAAAAUAAAGAAGUUGGAAAAGGAUACCGCUACCUGGAAAUCCAGGUUUGAGAACUGCAACAGAGCGUUACUGGACAUGAUUGAAGAGAAAGCCUUGAGGUCCAAGGAAUAUGAGUGCUUCGCGCUGAAAAUCCAGAGGCUAGAGAACCUUUGCCGGGCUCUGCAGGAGGAGAGGAAUGAACUGUACAAAAAAAUAAAGCAAGCACAGUUCCCUGAAGAGGUGAAUGGAAACAGCAUCUUAGAGGAAGAAGAGGAUGCUGAUGCAGGUCCUUCCUCCUCUGAGCAGGCGGGCAUCGAGCUGCGCGCUGCCGACGAGAGCAUGCUGAAGGAGCUGGCCGAAGCCUUCAGGAUGUCCCACAAGGUGGAGGAAUCCCUCCCAAGCACCAGCAGAGACAAUCUGGAGACCUGUGGGGCUCAAACGUGCAAUGCCACCCUGGUGCCAGAGCUUUCCUCACCUCUCACCCCACAGCCAGAGGCUGGGAAUGGCUGUGAGCAGCCCAGCACGAGCCCACCAGCAACCACUGGGAGCCCACCAGUGGCCACUGGGAGCCUGCCAGCACCCACUGGAAACUCAACGCCCACCGAGAGCCUGCCAAAGCCCACCGAGAGCGUGCCCGAGCUCCCAGAAAGGGUGCCAACACCCACAGAAAGUGGGCCAGUGCCUCCCCAGAGCGUGCCAGUGCCCACUGGGAUGGGGCCAAGCCCCAGGGAAAGCCUGCCAGCAACCCCCGAAAACCUGCCAACGCCCACACAAAACAUCUCCUCUCCCCUUGGGAAUACGCCAGCGCCCACAAAAAAUGCACCAAAAGCUGCAGAACCCGUGGAUGACCCAGCGGAGCGGUCUGUCCAAGGUCAGCCCGCAGAGCAAAUGGGGUACACAGACAUGGAAGCAGUGGAUUGAAGACACUGGUGUGUCCAGGCUUGUCUUCUACAAACCACGGCUCUACUUUGUCCUCUAAAUUGAUACCUUUAUUUUUUUUUUUAAAAAAGUGGGUGCUAAAGCACACUUACAUAUCUGCAGGCAAAUGUAACACACUUCUUUGUGCUACCACUAUCCAGUAAUAAUGGGUCUGCAAUUUUUUCUGUCCUCAUCUGCUUGAAGCAUAAUAUUUUCUUAAUGACAGGAAUAUACAACAAAAUUACAGGAUCUUUUUUCCCCAGGCAUAAUGAGUCAUCUCAUUCAGCAAAAUAAUUUUAAGAUGUUGAAGUUUCAUGUUUCAAGAAUCAUUGCGAUAGACAUACAUAUAUUUAAAGACUCAUAAUUAAUUGUAUCUAUUUGUUAUGACGUUGCAUAAAAGAUGGCCUGCUGGGACACAUAGUGAUUUUUAAUAAAUGAGGUGAAAGGAAUCUGUAAUUAUAAAGUAAAAUAGUGAAACCAUCGAUGUGAUCAGUCAUCUCCAAGAAGAGGUGCAAUAACAGAAGGUGAAUUUUUGUGCAAGUAAACUGCCGCUCAGCACUACGUGGCCUGAAGACCCACAAGCUCUUAGCCUUACCUUGAAUUGGUCUUUUCUACUUAGUGCUCUAAAAGAGGUUUUGUUUUCAAGAGAACUGCGGGGGAGGGAGGAAGGUCUUUUCUAGAUUCCUCAUAAAAUGACUGAAAACAACAGCAAUUUCCAAACUGAUGGCAAUUCCCACGGUAGUGGUCACAACCCUGUUUCUGUAUCCAACAGAAACCUGCUAGUUUGUCAUGCUAUUUGGGAUCAUGAGCCCAACAGAGGGACUCAUGGUUGUUUCCAGCUCACAAAUGAGGUCACAAGUUCAGAAGCUGGUUACAGAAGUUCAGGUUCACAAGUACAGAAGCUUCUAGGCCAGGAGCAGAAAGCAUGGUGAAGGCACACUACUACAGGGUGAAGCUACGUCAGAAGGUACCAGGAUGUAUUCCAGAAGAUACCCCUGAGGUCAUGCUUCCCAGAUGGUCCCAUCUCUCCCAGUCACAGCCAUGGAAACCUCUUCACCACCAGCUUCCUCCUGGUCCUGCUGCAUGUGGGGAUGCUCCCAGGAGAAGGGAGAGCACACUUGCCUGUCAUCCUGUUCAUUGGAGCACAAGUAAAGAGCCCAGAAGCCAACAGGCACCAGGAAAGCAGGAAUCCCUCUCACAGACACCUUUGGGGACUGGCUACAUUCUCAAUCCCUCUCUUGUCUAACCAGCUCUUCCCGUCUGCCUGCCACCACAUCACUGCUUGACAACGUAGCCACCUUGUCAGAAACUGGUUGAUUCUGGCACCAAGAACAAAAGUAACGAAGGAAGGGGUAAGAGAGGGCACCUCCCCAGACAGCUGUAUGAUCUCAAGCAAGGAGAGCAAGAAGGUUUUUGGAAGAAAGUUAAAAAAAGCCUGUUGGCACAUUUCUUGUUACUCAUCCCCUACCUCCGAAUUCAAUCUAGGCUAUUUGGAGUCUGAGCUGGAAAGCUUCAAAAUUUGAAAAGGGCAAUUAAACAAGAUGUCCAGAGUCUGGAAAGGGAAAUAUUACAAUCAAACCAACCCGUGUUUAUAGACAAAUCCCAAGAAGCGCCUGAAGACAAAGUGACUCAUUCAAGACUAAGCUGAAAUAUAUGUGAACCAAGAAAAUAGAUGCCAUCUUUGGCAGACCAUGGGAGACUGUGGUCAUAGAGUCCUUCUGGCACAUAAUCUUCCAAAAGCAGAGUUUGACUCUUCGCUUGCUGCCAAUGUGGUCCACAGCCUGGUUGCAUAUGUCUAUGUCUGCACUGCUUGGUCCAGCCUUCUCGAGAGCCAACCACUGGAGUACACAGAGCAUGAUUUGCAAAAGUUUGUUUUGAUAUGGCCUUACAAGUAGCUAUUAUGGCUACAGAUUUCAAAUUUGGAUGCCUUACAUUAGAUACUAAGACUGAUGGGAUUUAUUUCAUGUCUUUAAUCACCUGAAAGUAGAUCAUUCGUGUCUUAGUUACCUUAAGCUCCUUUUAUAGGCAGUGGAGAAGAAUAGACAUCUUUUGAGGAUAAGCCAUCUGAGGGUAAGACUGGCAUCCAAGACGGAAGAAAUUACUUUCUCUCUGAAGAUGCCAUUUCUCUUCACUGAUUCUAGAGCUAGCCUAAGACAAUUAGCUUAAAUUUAAAAUGUCUAUUACUAGGUAUCUAAAUUAAGCAAGGUGAAUUCCAUCAAGCAUUCAGAUUCAAAGCCCUAAGACAACAGCCAUCUCUGAAAACCAAGCCAUUUCUGUGCCUGUGAAAAUCAUAGAAUCAUAGAAUUGUUUAGGCUGGAAAAGACGGUUAAGACCAUUGAGUCCAACCAUUAACCCAGCACUGCCAAGUCCACCACUAAACUCUGUCCCUCAGUACCACCUCUACAAGUCUUUAAAAUACCUCCAUGGAUGGUGAACUCAACCACUUAACAUGUUAAUGUUAACCUAUAACAAAACCUUAUCCUAAGAUAAAGAGUUAUACUCACUUGAUUUACUUUGACUUGAGUCUAUAGAAAUCUAGUUUCCAUUACAAGUAUAAGUUUUGUUUGUUACUAGGGUGACUUUAAAAAUUAAUGCAAUUUAUAUACCCAUUAAUGUGGUUUUUUUUCCUUUCUCGGUCUUGUUUGAUUCUGUUGCCAUGUUAGUAAUUACCUGCAUGAAACCAACUCCUUUUUCUUCAAGUAGGCCCUUAGAAUGCCUUUAACUGUUGACGUUUUCUUAUACAUUCAAAUAUUCAAUUACAUAAUAAUGAUGAUCAACAUGGCCUUGCAACUUUAACUUGGUUCCAUUUUGCACAGUCGUUAUGGUCGCAUCUUUAGUUAUAUAAUUGUUGCCUCAUACCUUCCAAUUUCAGCAAGCAGAGAGACAAGGAUCCUACAGAUAAAAACUUCCUACAUA